GUUUGACAGCACCUGCAGUCUGCCAUAGUUUAAUUGAACUGUAUACCCUUAUAAACAGUCAUGCCUGAAAAGGAGGAGCCAUUUGCGAACCCAGCAGCACCGCCGGGUGCCGCACAACAUAACGUCGAAUCUACGCCGGCCCGGCUCACCAAUGCCGACUUCCGCAAGCUGCUGAUGACGCCGCGGGCCGGGCCGGCGACGGCACCGCCCGCCGCCACGCCGGCCGCCGCCCGGCCCGACACCUCGGGCAAGAUCGACAAGGCCGAAGAGCGACGCAAGAAGAAGAGCUACUACGCCAAGCUGAAGCGCGCCGAGGACGACAUCAUGGCGGAGCUGGCCAAGAAGUACCGCGACCGCGCCAAGGAGCGUCGCGACGGCGACGAGGGCGCGGGCGUGCCGGACUUCCCGCACCAGACCGAGGACGCCAUGGCCACGGCCAGCGCCUACCGCGCCGUCGCGCCCGACCUCAAGUCGGGCCUGGACGCGGCCGAGCGUCGACGUCAGCAAAUCCAGGAGUCCAAGUUCCUCGGUGGUGACAUGGAGCACACUCACUUGGUGAAGGGUCUCGACUACGCUCUGCUACAAAAGGUGAGGUCCGAGAUCCAGGCCAUGGAGCUGGAGCACGAGGACGAGAUGGAGCAGCUGGCCGACGGCGUCGACAACAAGAAGAAGGAAGAGGCCAAAGAGGAGGAGAUCCUCUUCAAGACCAAGAUGGGCAAGAACGUGCACAGGGUACUGUUUCGGGACAAGCCGCCGCUGCGCAACGAGCUGUUCCUGCCGGGCCGCACCGCCUACCGGAUCGACCUGGACGAGGAGUACGUCGACUUCGACAUCCCGACCACGGUGGUGCGCAGCAAGGCCGACUGUCCGCAGGUGGAGACAGCUACAACGCUGACCACCAACGACAUCGUCAUCAACAAGCUUACGCAGAUCCUGUCGUACCUGCGUCAAGGCCGUACCGGCCGCCGCCUCAAGAAGAAAGACAAGCAGCGGGCCGCCGAGGAGAAGAAGAUGGCCGGCGAGGACAUCUACGGCGAGGUCGGCGAGUACGUCCCGGGCCCGGCUAACAAGGAUCGCGCCCGGGACGGCGACAAAUCCAGCCGACAGGAGGGGGAGCGGGAGCGCCGGCCGCGCUCCUACUUUGACCGACCGGAGGAGGAGACCCGCCGCGACCGGGACAAGCGCCACGACCGCGAGCGUGAGAGGGGACGGGAGAAGGAGCGCGACAGGGAGCGGGAGAAGGAGCAGGAGGAGCGCGACCGCGAGCAGGCCGAGCGGGACAAGCGCGACAAGGAGAGGUUCGAGCGGGAGAAGGGCCGCGAGUCGAACUGGCUGAGCGUGGACGCCGCCGCCGCUGCCAGCAAGCGCAGUAAGGACAUGGGCACGGCGCUGAACGGCUACGCCGAGUGCUACCCGGGCCUGGAGGAGAUGGCCGACGCCAUAGACGACUCGGACGACGAGGCCGACUACUCCAAGAUGGACAUGGGCAACAAGAAGGGCCCGAUCGGGCGCUGGGACUUCGACACGCAGGAGGAGUACAGCAACUACAUGAACCAGAAGGAGGCGCUACCCAAGGCGGCCUUCCAGUACGGCGUCAAGAUGGCCGACGGCCGCAAGACGCGCCGCAUCCCCAAGGAGAAGAACGAGAAGGCCGAGCUGGACCGCGAGUGGCAGAAAAUAUCGGCCAUCAUCGCUAAA